GUUUCUUUCGCGCAUAAUAAACUUUCUCAUUCCAAGGAUGAUACUCGGUAAUCGCAACUAUUUCCUGCAGUUUACGAUACUAUUAACUAUCACGUCCUUCAGUGAGGAAUUUUUUCUGACAAAAAAUCGAAAAAAAAAUGAGUCUAAUGAAGAAUUAAAACAAAAAUUUCCAAAAGAGCAUGUUUACUAUCAUAGAAACGAUAUUGGACAUUUGAAUGAAUACUAUCAGGAACGAAAAAAAUUAAGACAAGAAUAUGACGCGAUUCAAAAAGCCCUGGAAGCAAAUGAAACAAUUCAGCGAGACAUAGACCCAAAUAAUACUGAUUAUAAUUUACUAAAUACAAAUCCUCUAGAUCUUUCGGAAGUUGAACAUUCAGAUCAGAAUAUCGAGCCAUUAGUUAACAACACUAAUGCAAAUCUAACUGGAAACCAAAAUUCUACGACUGGAAUACCAAACACCGAGAUUAAUUUGGAAAAUAAUAAAUAUAGAAGAAUAGGUGACUGUCGAGGCCAAAUAGUUUACAAUCAAAAUAUUCACAUCACUGGUGGCAAUUACAGAGCGACUAAUGGAUAUUUACUAGAAAUAAAUUUUGAAGGAAUUUGCGUUACUUGCAUUGAAAUAAAAUCGAAAAAUGACAGAGACUUAAAAGUGAAAGUAAUUUCCGGCGGUCCUGGUGAGUCGAAAAUUUCAUUGAAUUUCGAAGAACUCAAUAAGAAUUUUGAGUUUGCAUAUUUAUUAAAAAUUUGGGGAGUCGGAGAAAAAUGUUAAUAAUUUUUUUUUAAUUUUCUGGAUAGAAAAAUUCUAUGUUUAAAAAGAACGUUUCAUUUUUAUUUUAAAUAAACAAUUUUUAUU